AUGUGGGGCGGCGAUAAGUGCUGCCGGGGGGUCGACCUCAACCGGAAUUUCGACCAUCAUUGGGCCGAGACCGGGUCCAGCUACGAGCCCUGCUCCAACCUGUACCACGGCGACUACGUGUUCAGCGAACCGGAGGCAUCCUCCGUCCGAAAAUUCCUGGAAACGGAAGAGAUGUGGGGCAAAACGGACGCCUUCCUGACGCUGCACACCUAUGCACAAUUGUGGAUCUACCCCUUCAGUCAUCAAGAAGUCACAUACCCGAAGGAUAUUGACGAAUUGAAAAGAACAGCUCGAAAAGCGGUGUCCCGGCUAGAAAACGUGUACGGUACCGUCUACAGGAUGGGAACGGGAGCGGAUACCUUAGCUCCCGCAUCCGGCGGCUCCGACGACUGGGCCAAGUCGAAGAUGCACGUCAAAUUCGUGUACUUGAUCGAGUUGAGGCCCGAAGAACAUCUCUCCCACGGCUUCAUCCUCCACAAGAAGGAGCUGAUCCCGACCGGCAUCGAGACGCUGGAAGGCCUUAAAGAGCCAAAAGCGAAAUCCCCGGAAGAAAUCGAGAAGCUACGCCGCGAGCAGGUCGCCAAGAAACGCGAAUUGGAAGCUCGGAAAAGAGAGCCGCUCGUUGUCGAGUACGCGAUUACCGUAAGAUAUCGGGUGAGCCGUGGCGGGCAUGUGGCUAUCCUGGACAACGAGCGUCGCCUCGAACAAAUCCGACUCCGCGAGGCCGAGGAUCGACGUAAAGAGGAGCAACGCGUAGCCGAGGAGGAGCGACAGAAAGAAGUGGCCAAACUGGCUGAGCUCGAGAAGAAAAAGGCGGAGGAGGAGCUCGAGAAGGAGAAGAUCAAAGCCAUCGAGCCGAUCGUGCGCGUCGCCCGCAAGCUGGUCGACGGCCGCAUCGAGGAGAAGGAGGUCGAGGUGUUGGAGGCCCAAUCCGACACCGGCCGCUCAGACGCUUCAUUGGUUACGGUAGCCGAAAUGGAGCUUCCACCGAAGUCGAGCACUGCCGCCUACACGACCUACUCUCCGCUGCGCAUCCCACCAAAUGCCGUCACGCAGAGUUAUACGAGGUACGUCCCCAUCGCGUUCCGGGACCCGUCCUGCCGAGAUCUCCGGUAUUCGUGCUCGUUCUGGCUGAAGAACUCGCCGGAGGUGUGCGUGACACAGCGUUCUUUCAUGCGCGCCCAGUGCGCCUACACGUGCCGCUUUUGCCAGCCGGCCGGCGAGGCGAUCAUGUACGCCGAGCCAGUGCGUCGCCUGCUGCGGCUUCAUCGGGACAAAGAAGACGAGGAGGACAUCGAGACGGGCGGCACGCCGAAGAACUCGAAAAAGAAGUCGAUGAAGCGGACGCAUAUCGUGGUGGCGCAGGGGAAGAAUGUCUUCGAGAUAGACGAAGAAGCCAGGUCGAUUCGAAAAGUUUCCAAGCCAAGCCGCCAACUCACCGUAGCCGUCCACCCUGCCCCGAGUACGCCACGCUCCCUUCCGGCUACACCACUCGGAAAUCAGGCGCCAGUUUCGUUUGACGACGUCCCAAGGGGAAAAAUUGCGAAG